AUGAAGAUGAACACAGAACAAGAAAAGACCAGCUACGACAUACAACACAGAUGUUUGAUCUAUUCAGCCUGUGUCUUAACUUCAGCAGCUCUGAUGUCGACUUAUGUGGCAGUGGUUGCUUUACACCACGUCCUUGCACUGAAAGGAGAAAUCUUAUCGAUGAGAGAGGAACUGGACACAUAUAAAUUCCACCUGGAUCGUUUGGAAGACCUGGCAAGAUUAAAUAAGGGCCAAGCAGCCAACUGGAGCAGAUCAGUGAGUCAGGUUAAUGAGGUUUUCAAGAAGCAACUGUACCAUGAGGCUAAAUCAAAAGAUGGAAUGAAACUUAGAAUAAGCAGAUCACUAUCUGAAGAAGCUCAACAGGCCUGUGUGCAACUGAUCGCCUCCAAUGUCCAAAGACCGGUUGUAAGAGCAAGUACUUGUCAAAAAUGCAUCCCGGGAAGACCACAACAAUCCUGUCGAGUUGAACGAAGAACUGAUACAAAUCAAAACCAAAUGGAAGCUACUACCGUCCCCUGGAUUCUCAGUUUGAAAAAGGGAAGUGCUCUUGACAAGAAAGGUAAUAAAAUCUCUGUGAUAGAAGCUGGUUACUUUCUGGUGUACAGCCAAGUGUGGUAUAAGGAUAAUACCUUUACAAUGGGGCAUUUUAUAAAAAGGAAUAAAGCCAGCAUUGUUGGCAAUGAGCCACACACUGUGAUUCUGUUUCGGUGCAUUCAGAACAUGUCUGCCUGCUGUCCAAAUAAUUCCUGUUUCACAGCUGGCAUUGCACAGCUUGAAGUAGGAGAUGAGCUUGAGCUUGUAAUACCACGAAUACAAGCACAAAUUGCACUAAAUGGCGACGGGACGUUCUUUGGAGCAAUAAAACUGCUGUAAAUGUUGUCCAAAGCUUUAGAAGCAAAGUGACUCCGUAUUUAUAGGAAAAUGAUCCCAUCAAUAUACACUCCUUGAUUUACUGUGGUGGAAAAAUGCCUGAUGUUUUAAAAUAAAUAUUAUAGAAAGAAUAAACAAUUUUGUCUUUCUCAUGCAACAGGAAAAUGAAAGGAACAGAUAGUACAAGUUUCUGUAUUUUAGUUAUUGUUAAAAGUCAGGUUGAAGCAAAUCUGAGUGCCAACCUGGGUGGAAUCAUCUUGCAAAGCCUCUAUCUGCUUCGCAAUUGGACGAAGUUGAGGAUACGUGAAAUACAGGGGCAAGCCAGAAUAUGUCAAACUUACAGGAAGCCAAACUGCAUGGAAGAAUUCCACAUCUCCAUCCCUUGCACUAACUACAGAAUGGAGGAUAUUUUAUUGGGACUUAUAAAAGAAGCUCCAUAUAGCAAUCAGGCUGUCAACUGUCAUCUGGGCUAACAAAUCACUGGAUUCAGCAGCAAUUAGAGAUGGGAAUAAUUGCCUGUUUUAUCAGCAAUGCCCACAAGGGAAAAUCUGUCUGGAACCACUAACAUAAACAUGAAGAAAACAUUUAAGUGCCUUAUCAACAUAAUGAUUGGUCACAACCUUCUGGAGAUGGGACAAACAGUAAGAGGACCGAAGAGUUAUAAUCAAUAAGUUUGUCAAAUUUGAAAUAAAAAUUGACAGAAUGAGCAUAAGAGAUCAAUAGGAAGCGUUAGCACCUUCCAUGUAAAUGAAAGAAUUUGGAGAAAAUAUUGUAAGAGACCAUUCACCAUCACUGUCAGGGUAAUCAGCAUCUCCAAAUUCUGGAAAAACAGCAGCAAGGAGGUUUCCAUGGAUUCAACAGAAGGAAGUUUCACUGACUCUUGCGGCUCUUCUGUGGUAAGAACAAGACAGGACUCCAUCGCUGCCACUGCCACAAGACUAGAGGUGUAAAUUUUGCAUUUUCGUUUCCACAGGAAGAAAGAUACAGACCAUUUGGGCAAAGUUUUGGAAAGAAUACAAAUUUCCUGGAGGUUAGGUGAAGAUAGAACAUUAUGCAGUCUGCUUGUAGUUGAGCAAGUUGUUUGGAGAAAACGUCACAUGGAAAAGUAAAGCCCUUAGAAUCCAGGGGAAAGUGGCAAAUCGGAUCCAAGAAUUUGCCUGGAAAACAGCUUUCAUUUUCUCAUCUGUUGGCAAUAUAUUUUAAAUAUUCAGAAUUUCUCUUUUAUUUUAGAAUGUCACACUUAGCUUUCACAACAUUUGUAGACAUCUGAUCCAAACUGCUUUGGGAUGCACCAGUAGUGUGACCAGAAUGAAUAGCUCAGGGGAGGUGUCCAAUCAUAAAAUAAAGAUUUUACAGAAAUAAUUAAAGUAAAAUCUGAACUUAGCUAUAGUUAAGAUUUCAAUUUAAUAGCAUUUUAUAGAGACAAAGUCUAUGCAUGUCUUGAGUGAUUUAUUUUAGUAACUGAAAGUGUCUGAUUUUACCUAACAAUAAUUUUUUUUAAAUCUCAGAAAUUAAAUCAAAAAUCAAGCAAAAUGAGCCCCUCUCUGUCAAUAGUUUGCCCAAAUGCAGGGAUUAUGAGAUGAUACAAAAAUUUGACUAAGAGGUUAGUAAUGAGGAAAAAAUUUUUGGGCCGCUGAAAGAAUCAAUAGACUUUCUCAGCGUAAGAUAUUGUAUUUCAAUCAGGAAGACAAAUGAGGUAAUGAAGACAUAGCAAAGAAAUACAGGCUGACCUUGGGUAACAAACGGGUUCCAUUUUUUACAGACAUCUAUAAGUCAAUUUUUGUCCAUAGGUUGAUUUUGUCCAUAAGUCGGAAAAUAUACAAAAUCACUCGAUACGGUAACCGUAUUGGAAUACAGUAUUGGAAUGAACAGUGUUAAUGAGGGCAAAUUAACAUGAAAAUUUAUUUAUUGCCUUCUCCUACCUAGUUACAAUGGUACAGAGUCAGGAUGUCCCACACUCCAAUGGCUGGUUUCGGUGGGCUUGAAGUAUCAGUGGAUGUUACGUUGUUUAAUAGAGUAUUGUUGUGCAAGAAUCAAUAGAAGCAAUUGUUCGACAAUUUCAAAAACACCUCUCUUAAGUGGCUUCCUGUGGUGAAACUGGCAGCCUGUAUUCUUAAGAGACAGUGGUGUCUGAUUACUGAGGGAAGGUUACAUGUAAUCUGGUUCUUGUUUGAAUUUAAUAAUAUCUGUGAGAGCUUGUUCGUAUGUAUGGGUGCCCAUAAGUCAGGCGAUUGUAUCCCAGUGAGGGCCUGUACACAAAAAAUGAGGUUAGAGAAACUGAGGCAUUUAGAAGCAUAUAUUUACCUUGAAGGUGUUUAAGGCAAAUGGUUAGUUUUCUUUACUGACUGCAGCGUUAAGAACAGAGGUCAUACCAGACCUGUAUGAAGCAACAUUUAGGCCUGAACACCACCUUGGAUUGUUGGAUUCCGUGGGGUGAAGGUACUUCCCUUGUGAGUGGCGAAUUUCAGGAUUUAGAACCAGCUAUGGUGAAGGAAGAUGAAAGAAAUUGCGGAUGCUGGAAUCUGGAACGAAAAAUAAAACGCUGGAAGAACUCAGCAGGUCAAGCAACAUCUGUGGAGGCAAAGGGUGCAUGUCGAUGUUUCAGGUCAAGAUCCUGGAUCAGAACCAAAGGACCAAUGUUGAAGGAAUGUAUAUAUUUACAGAUAAGGAUAGAAAAUGCAGGAAAUAUUCAGCAGGUCAGGCAGCAUCUAUGAAUGUAUAUUUAAGUUAAUUGGUAGAAAGAUCAGAAGGAAGUUAAGAAUAGUUUUUCAUCCAGAAUAUUGUGAGAUUCUAACAGUUGCUGUCUGAGAGUGGUGGCAGAAACCCCCUCUCGUUUAACUACCUGAAUGAGAACUUGAUGUUUGCUAACCUGCAGGACUUCAAACCAAAAGCUGGGAUGUGGAACUAAUCACAAUAAUUUGUCAGCUGGCAUAAACAUAAUGGACCAGUUGCCCUCAUUCUGUCCUAUAAAUGUCUUGAUUAUUUCUUGAAUCAGGAUCCUUAAAAUUCUUUUAAAGGAAUCAAAGAAUUACUAGACUUAUUUUUAAAGGAGCAUUAAUUAUUGUGGUCUGCAGUAUUUCAUUGGGCCACACAUUGAGACCUUGUAUUGUCUGGUCUAAAUGUGUUGAGGUUUGCUGAGGAAAGGAACUUUUGAUCUUGAGCAUUUCGAAUAUACAAAUUCUGUUAUAUAGGACAAAGGGGGAGAGCUUAGUGCUACUGUCACAAAAGACAUUUGGGGAAUGACAGCAAUCUAAUGACCUGUUUUCUUGAUGCAGUUGUGCUUUUGGAAACUUACUUGCAAAUGUAGCAUAUGUUGGAUUCAACUGUUUUAAGUAGUUUUUUUUAACAUGUAUAGUGUUUAAUACACCUCAAGUGGCUGCACAAGGAAUGGCUGCUUCUUAGCUUAUUGGUUUGUCCUUCAGGUGAAUAUGUGUUUUCUCACUGGUUGAUUUUACCACAGGUAUCUACUAGGUUUUCUGAAUAGACUAUUGUUAUCUAAGGAGUACCUCUUAUCUCAAGUAUAAAAGGUGUCGUUUGUUUUGGUAAUCACUCUCUUGCUUGUCUCUCUCUCUCGCCUCUUAUCUCUCUCUUUCUCUAGUUUAUCUUUCUUUCUUGCUCUCUUCCCCCCCUGGCCCUAGCUCAUUUUUAGUUCCUUUGUCUCAGCUCAUCUCCUAGUAGUAAAGCUGGUGCCAUGUGCUCUGUGACUGUUUCUUCGUUUUAAACUUUUCCAAUAAAACUUUGUGAAGCACCAAGUUGUUUUCAACUCAUUAUUGGACUCCUGAAAGAACCUGUGGAUUUGAAAAUAACCGGAUUCGACACAUACUUUUUGAAUGAUUACUCCAAAACUAGAUGUGCAAAUUUACAGGCAAGUCUAGAGGCAAGAGAGAGAGACGUAAGCAAGAGAACGAUUGGUGUAAGCAUUACUUGAAACUAUAGCAAAAUUGAUUUGUGAACUAUAGGAUGGCCUUGUAUUGUAAAGGAUGUUUAUAUAUAUUGUAUGUAUAUGUAUAUUUCUCUGU